CUGUGCGUGUUCGCGUCUUGGAGCUGGAAUUUGGGGAGUGGAAAUACCACUCACUGUUACUUUCACAGUUGGCGUCAAGUCGAAUGAGAGUGACUCCUCUGACAUUCUACUCUGUCGGUCAGUCAGCGCGCUUCGGAAAAGGGGCGAACCUUUACCGAACGGAACGCAGUCAAGAGGAUUAAGAAUUGGGUAGUCCGCUCGCACUCUCAGUACGCAGGUGUUUGUAGCUAACUCAUGCCUUGGUUGGUUUUAGACGGGAUAGUGAGUGUAUGAGAUAUUAUUGAAUUCUGGAACUUUUUCGUUACAUUUUUUUAAUGUAAAAAUAUCAAUUUUUGAGUGAUACCUGUCGGGGCACUUUAGGUGACUGGGUUUUCUUAAUCAACAAUUGUUUUCUGCGUUUGGAUUAUUAUAAUUUUCCUUGGAAAUGGCACAUUCUUAUUCUGGGAGAGAUACACGACUUCCAGAGAGAGGAAACCGUAGUUGAAUAAUAACACAGGAUGCUGCUUGCGACCUGAAGCACUCAGAAGAAUUUAGACAUUUCUGAGACGUUUGUUAUUUUGCUUUGCGCACUAUAAGAAGGUGGACAUAUCAAGUAUUUUUUACUUUUUUUUACACGUGUGUAUUUUACAACACAAUUAUGUAUUGUGGAUUUAUACUUUUCUUUUCAACCCAACUCCUCUUUGUGGCUUCAUUGACUCAAAGUCAUAAAUGUGGAGAUAACAUUGAGAUAACCAGUGCAGAUUAUCUCACCUCUCCUGGCUAUCCGACCUCAUACCCUCCAUCACAACAAUGUAUGUGGGUGAUAUCGGCCCCAGACCCAGGACAGAAGAUACUCAUCAACUUUAACCCUCAUUUUGAUCUGGAGGACAGAGACUGCAAGUAUGACUAUGUGGAGGUGUUUAACGGUGGGGAUGAGGAGGCUCCGAUCCUGGGGAAGUUCUGUGGGAAGAUAGCCCCCUCCCCCAUCAUCUCCAGCGGCAACGAGCUCCUAAUCAAGUUUGUGUCCGACUACGAGUCUCCCGGUGCUGGAUUCUCAGUGCGCUACGAGGUCUUCAAGACAGGACCUGAGUGUUCUAGAAACUUCACCUCGUCUAAGGGCGUUAUAAAGACACCAGGCUUCCCUGACAAGUACCCCAACAACCUGGACUGUACCUUCAUGAUCAUCGCCCCCAAAAUGUCAGAGAUCGUGGUGGACUUUGACACGUUCGACAUGGAGCCUGACACCACCCCUCCACCCGGGGCACUGUGUCGCUAUGACUGGCUGGAGAUCUGGGAUGGGUUCCCUGCAGUGGGACCCCACAUUGGGCGGUACUGUGGUAACAGCAGUCCUGGCCGAGUCAUCUCCUACACAGGGAUCCUUUCUAUGACCAUCAACACAGACAACGCCAUCGCCAGAGAGGGCUUCUCAGCCAACUACACUGUCAGAGAGAGGAGCCUACGACAGGGACCAGAGGAAUUGACCUGUCUGGAGGGCCUGGGGAUGGAGUCAGGAGAGAUCACCUCAGAUCAGAUCACUGCCUCCUCUCAGUACAACCCCAACUGGUCCCCAGAACGCUCCAGACUCAACUACAAAGAGAACGGAUGGACCCCCUCAGAAGACUCUGCUAGAGAGUGGAUACAGGUGGACCUGGGAUUCCUCCGUUUUGUUUCAGCUGUGGGAACACAGGGAGCAAUCUCCAAGGAGACGAAGAAGGAGUACUUUGUCCACUCCUACAAAGUGGACGUGAGCUCCAAUGGAGAGGACUGGGUCACAAUAAAGGAGGGAUCCAAGCAGAUGAUUUUCCAGGGGAACCACAAUCCUACAGAGGAAAAAAGGUCGUUCCUACCGAAGCAGACUCUAGCCCGUUACGUCCGCAUCAGACCCAUGUCUUGGGAGAUAGGCAUCUGCAUGCGCUUCGAGGUGUACGGCUGCAAGACAUCAGACUACCCUUGCUCCGGCAUGCUGGGGAUGGUCUCUGGUCAAAUCUCAGACGCCCAGAUCAGCGCGUCAUCGCACGCAGAGCGCGGCUGGGUACCAGAGAACGCCAGGUUGCUGACAGGGAGGUCGGGCUGGACCCAGCAACAGACCAGACAUCCCUUCCGGAACGAGUGGCUGCAGAUGGACCUGGGCCAGGACAAGCUGGUCAGCGGCCUGCUCAUCCAAGGAGGACGUCACAGAGACAAGAAUGUGUUUAUGAAGAAGUUCAAGGUGGGCUACAGCAACAAUGGCUCUGACUUUACUAUGGUGAAGGAAGACAACAGCUCUAGGCCUAAGAUCUUCAUUGGGAACCAGAACCAUGACACACCAGAGCUGCGUACGCUGGGCCCUCUGCUGACUCGCUUCCUCAGGGUCUACCCAGAGAGAGCCACCCCCGAUGGCCUGGGGCUCAGACUGGAGCUGCUGGGCUGUGAGAUCCAUGAGCCCACAACUCUCCCACCGACCACGGCUGUAGCGACCAUGUUUGCUGUAACCACGUUCGCUGCCACCACAACCGCAUCUGUGACCAUGCCCACCCUGACGUCAGAGUGUGACGACCAGGAGGCCAGCUGUCACAGUGGAACAGGAGGAGGGGAGGACUAUGACACAACAGGUGGCACCACAUUGGCAGACCCAACCCUGGAGGAAGAGCUUGUGCCAGAGUACCUGUGGUUUGCUUGUGACUUUGGCUGGGCGGGCAACCCGUCGUUCUGUGGCUGGACACUGGAGAAGGAUACUGGUGCUGAGUGGAUGAUUCAGACCAGCGGGGCCCCCACUGUCCACAAAGGGCCCAACCUGGACCACACAGGAGUUCCAGGGAACUUCAUCUACAUGCAGCUCGCUGCUGAGACCGAAAUGGAAGAGGAGGAGGACGAGCAGGAGGAGGACGAGCAGGAGGAGGACGAGGUGGAGGAGAGGGUGGCACGCCUAGCCAGCCUGCCUGUCACCGCCCCAGACACAAACCUGUGUGUGUCCUUCUGGUACCACAUUUUCGGGGAGCACGCUGGCACCCUGCACAUCAAACAGAGGAGACAGACAGAGGAGGGGCGGGCGGAGGCACUACUCUGGACCGUCAGUGGACACCAGGGCAGCAGAUGGAGGGAGGGACGGCUGUUGGUGCCCCACUCCAGCACACCCUAUGAGGUGGUGAUUGAGGGAGUGGGAGACAGGAGCACAGGACACAUCGCGCUGGACAAUAUAAAGAUCCUGGAUGGACUCACACCAGAGGAGUGUAAGGAUCCAGAUGUACCAGAGGCUCCUACGUCCCAGCCAACAGAGAUCUGCAUAUACCCGAUGGAACCCUACUACCCAGAGGAAGUGGAGAAUAGCGAGCUGGGUGGCCCAGGCAACAUGCUGAAAACCCUGGACCCCAUUCUCAUCACCAUCAUCGCUAUGAGCGCUCUGGGGGUUUUCCUGGGAGCUAUCUGUGGUGUCGUCCUCUACUGUGCCUGCUCGCACGGCCACAUGUCCGACAGCAGGAACUUGUCGGCUCUGGAGAACUAUAACUUUGAGCUGGUGGACGGCGUCAAGCUAAAGAAGGACAGCAAGCUGAAUGCACAGAACAGCUACUCAGAGGCGUGAGCGUCAUCCUCUGAGGAAAGAUAACACAAGCAGCCUCAUGGCUGGAGGAACUAGACCACCGGACGGAGGGUUGUGAGUUGUGACUCAAGUGUUGUCCUAUUCCUUAUAUAGUGCACUAUGUAGGGGAUAGGGUGGCAUUUGGGAUGCAGCUGGCUAUAGUGAUGGUGGGAGGUUGUGACUGAGCCAUGCUAUUCUCAGGAGCUGCAGUGAAAGGAACCUACCCGUAGUGGGCACUGUGUAUAAAUAAAAUGUGUACAGCAAAAAUGAUUGUUUUGUUUUUUGUUUGUUUUGCGACGUGCUUUGUUUUUCUGUAACCAGAUGCUGGUGAUGUGACCAAUUGAGAUGGAAAUAUUUAUCAUGUUUUUGUUAUUUUUCUUUUGGAAGGAUAGGAUAUUUUAUUUUUCAUCAGAGGUCAUUAUUAUUCACAGAAAGCGCAUAGAAACGUAUAUUCACUAUCCUGACACGUGGCUCUUCGGCUGGCCAUGUUAUCAGUUUGUAUGUCUGCAUCGAUUUGUGCAUCUUGUUUGUGUGUAUGUGUGCGUGCAUGUACGCAUGCAUGUGCGUGCAUGAGCAAGUGUAUGUGCAUGCAUGUAUGUAUGCAUCCAGAGGGUGCUUGCCCUGGCCCUAGACCUGUGUCUAGUUCCACAGUGCCUUUUUGAAAGUUUAUGUUGCCUUUUCUCCACUGACUCUGUUCUGAUCAUAGCAGUACGUUAGGCAUCGGCUGGUAGAGUCUGAUUCUGUUCUGAUCAUAGCAGUACGUUAGGCAUCGGCUGGUAGAGUCUGAUUCUGUUCUGAUCAUAGCAGUACGUUAGGCAUCGGCUGGUAGAGUCUGAUUCUAUUCUGAUCAUAGCAGUACGUUAGGCAUCGGCUGGUAGAGUCUGAUUCUAUUCUGAUCAUAGCAGUACGUUAGGCAUCGGCUGGUAGAGUCUGAUUCUAUUCUGAUCAUAGCAGUACGUUAGGCAUCGGCUGGUAGAGUCUGAUUCUGUUCUGAUCAUAGCAGUACGUUAGGCAUCGGCUGGUAGAGUCUGAUUCUGUUCUGAUCAUAGCAGUACGUUAGGCAUCGGCUGGUAGAGUCUGAUUCUGUUCUGAUCAUAGCAGUACGUUAGGCAUCGGCUGGUAGAGUCUGAUUCUGUUCUGAUCAUAGCAGUACGUUAGGCAUCGGCUGGUAGAGUCUGAUUCUGUUCUGAUCAUAGCAGUACGUUAGGCAUCGGCUGGUAGAGUCUGAUUCUGUUCUGAUCAUAGCAGUACGUUAGGCAUCGGCUGGUAGAGUCUGAUUCUGUUCUGAUCAUAGCAGUACGUUAGGCAUCGGCUGGUAGAGUCUGAUUCUGUUCUGAUCAUAGCAGUACGUUAGGCAUCGGCUGGUAGAGUCUGAUUCUGUUCUGAUCAUAGCAGUACGUUAGGCAUCGGCUGGUAGAGUCUGAUUCUAUUCUGAUCAUAGCAGUACCUUAGGCAUCGGCUGGUAGAGUCUGAUUCUGUUCUGAUCAUAGCAGUACCUUAGGCAUCGGCUGGUAGAGUCUGAUUCUGUUCUGAUCAUAGCAGUACGUUUGGCAUCGGCUGGUAGAGUCUGAUUCUGUUCUGAUCAUAGCAGUACGUUAGGCAUCGGCUGGUAGAGUCUGAUUCUGUUCUGAUCAUAGCAGUACGUUAGGCAUCGGCUGGUAGAGUCUGAUUCUAUUCUGAUCAUAGCAGUACCUUAGGCAUCGGCUGGUAGAGUCUGAUUCUGUUCUGAUCAUAGCAGUACGUUAGGCAUCGGCUGGUAGAGUCUGAUUCUGUUCUGAUCAUAGCAGUACGUUAGGCAUCGGCUGGUAGAGUCUGAUUCUGUUCUGAUCAUAGCAGUACGUUAGGCAUCGGCUGGUAGAGUCUGAUUCUGUUCUGAUCAUAGCAGUACGUUAGGCAUCGGCUGGUAGAGUCUGAUUCUGUUCUGAUCAUAGCAGUACGUUAGGCAUCGGCUGGUAGAGUCUGAUUCUGUUCUGAUCAUAGCAGUACGUUAGGCAUCGGCUGGUAGAGUCUGAUUCUGUUCUGAUCAUAGCAGUACGUUAGGCAUCGGCUGGUAGAGUCUGAUUCUAUUCUGAUCAUAGCAGUACCUUAGGCAUCGGCUGGUAGAGUCUGAUUCUGUUCUGAUCAUAGCAGUACCUUAGGCAUCGGCUGGUAGAGUCUGAUUCUGUUCUGAUCA